AUGCCACGAAAGCAUAAAACAGCUUCAACAAAUAAUCAUUCAACUACAUCAAUGAAAAAAUUCAAAGAUAAACCAACAUACAAAAUUAUUGUAUUAGGAAGCGGUGGAGUUGGCAAAUCAGCAAUAACUAUUCAAUUUGUCAAAUCAUUUUUUUUCUCGGAUUAUGAUCCAACAAUUGAAGAUUCUUAUGUAAAACAAUGUUUAAUUGAUAAUCAAAUUGCUCAAUUAGAAAUUCUUGAUUCAGCUGGCCAAGAAGAAUUUAAACCUAUGCGUGAUCAAUAUGUACGUGUUGGUGAAGGUUUUUUACUUGUUUUUUCAUUAACUGAUCGUCGUUCACUUGAAGAAUGUUAUAAAUUACAUCGUGAUAUAUUACGUAUUAAAGAAACAGAUAAUGUUCCUAUAUUAUUAAUUGGAAAUAAAUUAGAUAUACGUCAAAAUGGUAUGGAUACACAUGUACAUGCUGCAGCUACUAAUAUGCAUAUUCCAUAUUUUGAAACAUCAGCUCGAACACGUCAUAAUAUUGAUGAGAUAUUUAUUGAACUAGUACGAUUAAUAAGAAAAAAUAAAUGUCAAUAUAAUACAAAUUUAUUAUUAUCAAAACAAAAAAAUACUAGUCAUUGUUGUUCAUGUACUAUUUUAUAA